AUGCAUGGGUUCGAUCGCGACUUGGCCAAGGCCGUGGGCACGCCCUAUGCUCCCGCCUCCAACACAUCUCCCUUCACUUCCAUCCUCAUCCGCCACCUGCCGCCGGGCACAACGGAAGAGACUCUUCGCCUCAUGACCGUCUUCUCUAAGGACGUGACAUCUGUUCAGCUUGUGCCGGCUGAGCUUACUGAGGACCCCGGAUUCCGCUCUGCCAUCCUUUCUUUCGGCUCAGCGGAAGGUGCUCUUGAGGCAAAGAACAUGCUUGACGGAAAGAAGAACGUCACUAACGAUGCUACUCUGAUUGUCGAGCUCGUCCACAACGGUGGCCGUCGUUUCACCGCCGACAUGUCGACGACCGUGACCCCAGGCUCGUCUGUCGCCUCAUCGCGCGGCUCGAAUCGGUUCCCCUUCCAACCCUUCGAUAUGGGCAACGCUUACACCAACAGCGGCCUUUCUUCUGCUGCCGCUGCCGCCGUGACGCGUCCCCCGUCCGAUUUGGCUAACUCGGAGCCUGUUACUGCCACGCAGCAGAUGCAGAGCUUCUUCUCCACCCAGUCUCCUAUUGGCACCCACCGGAAAGAUGUCGCGCUUCAUACCGGCAAGGAUAUGAUCAAUGACGACAGCGUGUCCGACGACGAGACCAGAGAGCUUCUGAAGGAUCCCGUCGCAUAUGCCGAGAACGGAGGCGCUGCUGCUGCUGCCGCCGGCCCAAAUAUCUCAGCCAUGGGCGCCAACGGCCUGUAUUCUAUUUCUUCGCAGCCACGCCGUCCGACCCUGCCGCAAAUUCCAUCAUUCGCCGCGCACAUGGCUGCCCUGUCGCUCAACACGAGCAAUACGGGCCCUCCAGGCAACAUGUCGGCCUACGGACAGGUGACCAGCCCCUAUUCAACACAUCCCAACUCGAUAUCGCCGUCUUCCUUGGGCGGACCUGGGCCUGGACCUGUUCCGCAGCAGCAGGGCGGCAGCAGCUUCCACCCCCCGUAUCGUAACCACACCCACAACUACCCGGCUGCGAACCCGGCUGACCAGAAUCCGCCCUGCAACACGCUCUAUGUCGGCAACAUCCCCAUGGAUACGUCCGAAGAGGAGCUCAAGGCCUUAUUUUCGAAGCAGCGUGGCUACAAGCGUCUCAGCGUGCGCAGCAAGGGGAAUGGUCCCAUGUGCUUUGUCGAGUUUGAAGAUAUCUCAUUCGCCACCAAGACUCUGUAUGAGCUCUACGGUGCGGCACUCCGUGGCAGCACGAGGGGAGGAAUUCGGCUGAGCUUCUCGAAGAAUCCCCUGGGUGUUCGCUCCAACCAGCAUCCGGCUCAGAGCGCCGCAAAUGCCGUCUCGGCCAACAUGAAUAGCCCCAUGGGCGGUGUUGGUGCCAAUGGAUUUGCGGCGGCAAGCGGUCCUCCUCCGGGGCUUGCUGCACCGCCAGGCCUUCCCCCCUCCCGCGCGCCGUACAGCAACGCGUCGACACCUCUCUCGAACGGCGUACCUGGUCCAACCGUUGGCGGCCCCUCUGUGUAUGGCAACGGGUCUCCCCCCCCUGUCUACGGCGGUGCAGCUGGCUCGUCGGGCAACCCCUGGGCCGGCAAUGCGGCGCUCUAUUACAACCAUCCGAAUGGGAACGGCGCAAACGCAAACGGGUCAGCCAGCGUUGGUGGUGCAGCCUCCGGGUACCCGCCAUUUAUGAUGGGCAAAUAA